AUGAUAACAAAGACAGGGACAACAAUCGUGGGACUGAAGUACAAGACAGGGGUUAUUCUUGCUGCAGACACAAGAUCUACACAAGGGCCUGUUGUUUCUGACAAGAAUUGCUUCAAGAUCCACAAGAUAACAGACAGAAUCAUGUGCUGUGGCGCAGGGGUUGCGGCAGACGCAGAUAGAGUAACAAGGAUGGUGUCGAAGAGGUUAAAGCUGUUUGAGAACAAGUUUUACAGACUGCCUUUUGUUUCUCAUCUUGUGAAGGUAUGCACACACUACCUACAUCAGUACCGAGGAGGAAUAGGUGCAGCGCUGAUUGUUGGGGGGGUUGACGAUGAGGGAUGCCAUCUGCAUGACAUUCAGCCGCAUGGGUCGUCGAAUUCUGUUUUGUUUACUUCGCUUGGAUCUGGAUCGCUGGCAGCCAUAUCUGUGCUUGAAAGCAGAUAUACGGAUCUGUGCAAGGAGGAUGCGAUCAAGCUUGCAUGCGAUGCAGUUGAGGCUGGAGUGCUGAACGAUUUGUACUCAGGAUCUAAUAUUGAUGUAUGUGUGAUUGAGGAGGGCGGAGUAGAGUUUUUAAGGAACUACAAGACGGUGUGCAGGUCUGAGAAUGAAGAUCGGUUGGUGUAUCCACUUGACUCUGUGAGGGUGAAGAGAGAGGAGGUGUUUGAUUUUGUCGAUGAGUAUUAA